GAGACAAGCACAAUGACAGGGAGGCGUCAACAAAGUUUCUGAGUGAGAUAACAUGGAAGACAACAACAACCAAGUGAAGAGAAAGUGCCAUCAGAAAGGGAAGAAUGGAUUUAGAACGGACCGUGUGGUUGUGCGUAAAUUCGAAAGCGCUGACUAUCCGGACGUCGAGCGCAUAUUCAUUGACGGGCUGAUGGAGAUGGUUCCGGAUACCGCGUUUAGAGGGUUAAAACAUCACCCUGAGAGCCUGCUCCUGUACGCCGCUAUGACAAUUGUUUGUUUUAUUGCGACCAAGUCGUUCUUGCUGACUUGUUUGGUGCCUCUCGCUGUCCUGUGCGCGCGCUGCUACUACAGCAGGAGAGUUGCCCUUGGUUACCUGGAGCGCGCCAAACUCACGGAUAUGGGCGACAUCGAGGGACAUUACAUGAAAACUCCAGACUCCUGUCUGUGGGUUGCAGUGCUGGAGGGCAGUGUGGUGGGUGUAGUGGCGGUCUGUGCCCUGCGGGGGGAAGCUGGCACUGUGGAGCUGCAUCGCAUGUCGGUGGACCGGCGCUGUCGGCAACGUGGGGUUGGCGUUGCCCUCGGGCGGAAGGUUCUACAAUAUGCAGCGGACCGUGGCUACCUCUCUGUCGUCUUGGGAACCACGGCCUACUCGCCGGCUGCUCACCAGCUAUACCAGACUCUGGGGUUCCGAUGCGUCGGCGUCACCAAGGGAUACGCCACGCCUGGCGUGAGCCAGUCGGUACCGGAGCAGCUCUUCUACCGGGUCAGUCAUCACCACUACCGGAAGGACAUGACCUUUCACAAUACUAACACUCACAGCCAGCAGUGAACACAGAACAGGGAUGGAGCACAGCACGGAACAGGGAUGGAGCACAGCACGGAACAGGGAUGGAGCACAGCACGGAACAGGGAUGGAGCACAGCACGGAACAGGGAUGGAGCACAGCACAGAACAGGGAUGGAGCACAGCACAGAACAGGGAUGGAGCACAGCACACGAGUGCACAUGCCGGCAAACACACACAUGAAUGCACACCACACACGCAAGCACACACUCUAACCCAACCCCCUGAGACCCUGAACUCCAAGCAUCUUGUUUCACCAUUUAGGGAAUGGAAGAAAAUCACCAGAACGUAAUGUAUGUAAUCGCUAGGUUAAAGGUAAAGAAUUGUUCGCAAAUGUACCUGUUUCCCUUGUGAUUUGAAGAGGGUUCGGUUCAUUUCCUGUUCAGACAAUUGGUGGGGAAAUUGGGUGCGUUCGAGCGCAUGGUUUAUUCAGGGUAACGCGCUAGUAGCUUAUUCCGGGGGACAUGUUUAUAUCCCAGGUUAUUGAUGCUUAAAGCAUAGCAGCGUCUCCAAUUGAAGUUUGUGCCUGUAUUAUUACAUAUGUUUAUCUGAACAGGUCUGUAGGGUAUAUCAUGUGCUUUGAAUGUUAAUUGAGCAGAUGUAGAAGGCUUUGGUAUUGCUAUAAGAAGCCUGUACUCUUUGUUUGAGGAACAGGACAGGGAACAGGUCGGCAUGCUGCUCGGGUUUGUUUGAAAUGCUCUAUUUGAUAAUUCUUGUAAAUACUUGCACAUUUUGCCGGCUAUUAUCUUCACUUGCAAAUCAAAAUACUCACACUGGACAAGAAAAAUCCAUCGACUUCGUCAGUCUCCUCACUGUUAAAAUCCUACAGUCACCUCAAGUGGGAUUCAAAUUUUUUCAGUUUUGAAUUUUCCCGCCAGAAUUUCUGGGGACCCCAUUUUUUUCGCAAUAAUUUCUCGCGACCACAACACACCCCAAAUCUAAUGAUACAACCUUCAAUCUGUACAUUUCAAUUUUCACAUCAACAAAUAACCUUCAAUUCAUUACAUUUUCAAAAUAAACAAAUAAAUAUAUUUACUCAAAUUUGUAUUUUUUUUCCCCCAAUUAACUUUCUCAACGGGUCUAUUGUCUAAUUUUAUUUUGUACUCUGUUUUUGUUAAAGAAAAAUCAAAUAAAAAAACAAUACCACUGAAUAGUGUUUCAAACAUAAACUCAUACAGAAACAUUGGUUAACUAUGUGUUAGCAUGAGCCUUAGGAGUUAGCUAGACACAUAGUAUGAUAAGUCAUUACAAAUGGCCUUUGGGAGGAAACCGUUAUCUGGAAGGCUAAAUGACAAAAUGUGUCUAUUCAUUACUUUUAAAUGUUAAAGGGGUAAUCUGUGAUUUGCUAACUCCAUUUUUGAAUGUUUAAAUUAAUUAUAUACUCUAUACUAGCUG